AAACAGGGCAACUCCUUUGACGGCUUGCUGCGACAGAGGCGAUCUUCUACGACGGUGACAGAGGUAGUGGACGGCGGCGCUAAUACAGGGUAGAACCUCAACUCUCUGCUCUGCAACUGAAACAAAGUGGAUGGGAUUUGCUAACGCAAUUCACGGCAGCGACGAGGUGCACGUCAGUGAAGCAAUUUCUGGUCGACGGCAAUGAAUCUGGCUCACAAGCACAACUUUUUCUAAAUUAAAUCAAAAUUGGAGUGGGGUAGGUGGUGAAAAAUCAAAACGGCAGAGACCACAACAGAUCUGGCCAAGGUUGGAGUUGAAAUCACGAUUUGGGCUCAAGAGAUCAGUGGAUAGAGGAAAUUCACCCUUUUUUGUGUGGAGUUCAAGUGAAAGAAAUUUGGAUAGGUGACGGAUCGGCGGUGGGACGACAAUCAGGGAGAUUGACGGUGUAUUUUGUGUGGCUGCGAAGCAGGUUCUUGCCGUUUUUCUUUUUUCUUUUUUUUGGAUUUUUUAUGUUAUCUCAAUGAAAGCACCCAUUGAUACGAGUAUCGGGAUAGGGAAGAACUUCGAGCGUUCUUCAAGCUCCAAGAAAAAGAGGUAAAGUCGUAAAGAAGGGUGGAAAACUUUCCAGGCUCCAAAGGAAAGAGAACUAGAUUAAUAUAAUUCUUGAUUUUGAUUGCUUGAACCAAUGGCGUGUAGUUCAGGGGUAAACCCAUGGUGAAAUUGGUGUUCCGAGGAAGAGACCUGAAAAAUCUGAACUUGAAAUGCAGUAUGAGAUAUUGGUGAAUUAGGGGCAAAAGGGGAGGAGAAACAAAUCUAUAGAGGGCGUGUGUUGAGAAAGUUUGAAUCUUUGAACUAAAGACCAAAUCUUUGAGUGGUUAGGACAAUGUCUUUUGGUUUCCAAACAGCUGCUUUGGUGGGUUCACCAUAUUGCGCCAAUGCUAUAGCCUGGUCAGAGGAUAAUUUGUUAGCCGUGGCUUCUGGUCAUCUUGUUACCAUUAUGAACCCUGCAUGCCCUUUUGGAGCUCGUGGAGUUGUUACAGUUCCCACCAGCAAGCCCUUUCAAAUUGGACUGAUUGACAAAAAGGAAUUGAUCUCUGGCUGUUUGUUACCUACUUUUAUAUCACGAGACAUCCGUUCUUCUGUUAGAUCAAUUUCAUGGUCUCCUAUUGGAUUCGCUUCGAAUGCCAGUUGUUUGCUUGCCAUAUGCACCACCGAGGGACGUGUGAAGGUUUACCGCAUGCCAUUCUGUGAGUUUAAAGUUGAGUGGAUAGAGGUAACAGACAUAUCUGAGAUGCUCUACACCUAUCUUGGAAAUGUCAAUUUCAAUGUGUCAAACGUGUCUUCUGAAGUUUCAGACACAAAUUGUUCCCUCAAUGACGUAGCAUUUGAAGAAGACAUGCCGAUAUGUCACUUUAUGAAAGCAAAGAAGAAAAGGAAACUGAACGCCUUUACUGUAGUAAACAUCAAGGAUGGCGUGAGAAAAGGAAAUAUGUCAUGUCUAUCUGCUGAAGAAUAUGCUUCUCGUAAUGCGAUGAUAUCUUCACUAACUGUUGCUUGGUCACCCAAUCUAAAAUGGACAAGUUGUUUUUCAGUGCUUGCAGUGGGAGGGAAAUCCGGUAGACUCUCAUUUUGGAGAUUUCAUAAACCACAAUGUUACUCCACACGGAGAAGUACCGACUCAAAAUCUGCAUCACUUAUUGGCUUCCUUCAAGCUCACGGCGCUUGGAUAACAGCAAUAACAUGGGCUUUGUUUGAUUCUAAUUCUUCAAAUCCUCAAGUUAUGCUUUGCACUGGGAGUUCUGAUGGGAGUGUGAAGCUUUGGCGAGCAUGCAAUAGAGAACUUGAGGAAUCAUCCAACACUAAUCAUGUUUCUUUCUUUCUGAUAAAAGAGGUAACAAUGGUAAAUUUUGAACCGGUCUCUAUCCUUUCUGUCAUAGUGCCUUCAGAUUCAUCAGGCAAAAUUUGUUUAGCAAUUGGGAGAGGAUCGGGAUCAAUUGAUGUGUGGAUUUCUGAGAUGCCCAACAACACAUUCAAGUCAGUUGGCUCUUACAAUGGACAUGAUCAUAUUGUCACGGGCCUGGCUUGGGCUUUUGAUGGACGCUGCCUGUACAGCUGCAGCCAGGAUAACACACUUUGCAGCUGGGUGUUGAGAGGAAAUUUGCUACAGCAGGUUUCGAUUCCCACAAACACCCCUGGAACAAGGAGCUCUGUUGAUGUGCCAACUGCUUUUGAUUCAUGUUGCGGUCUUGCAGUGUCUCCGGGGAAUCUUGUGCUUGCUGUGGUACAUGGCUACGAUACUGAACUAUUAAAUCCAAUGUAUGAGUCAAGGUCUUGCAAAGCUGCAGUAGAUUUCCUGUGGAUCGGCGGGCAGCAUCUGGAUGUGAUCUCUGAUCCGUUUCUAGAUUUGGACUCCCAAUCUUUUCCUAGUUCCUCCGAGAGAGAAUUGGCUUGUUGGGACAGUAAUAUAUUAUGGUCACUACAUCAAUAUGAUCAUCAUCAUCAUCAUCAUAAGCCAUUGAUCAUGUGGGACAUUAUAGCAGCACUUUUGGCCUUCAAGCAGUUGAAUCCAAAAUAUGUACAACACAUACUAUCAAAAUGGCUGACAUCGAUAGUUGGUGGGCCCCAGUGUGACAUCUCUAAUAUCUUGUCCAAGUCCCUUUCCCCGUACCUCCCUAGAAUUGCGUCCCGAACGCUGCAACUCCUCAACAUCAUCACCAGACAGGUAGUGUUGAAGAAGGUGGUGGAUGACUAUAAUGCCCUUGAAGGGGAGGAGCAUCGUGACUGGUGGAAGCAGCUGCACAUAGAUGCUGAAAAGGAAUUAAGGGACCGGGUUGUAGGAUUUAACCUUUCUGUUAUUUCAAGUUGUGUGUCUAAUUGUGGGGGAGAGGAUACCGGUUGCGGAUUGGGACAUUGGAUUCCUGUUGGGUUGGCGCAGAUGGAGAAAUGGGUUGAGCUUAACACUGCAGAUAUGAAAGGGCAUCUUAAACUCCUCGCAGAAAAAGUUAAAAGUAUCAAGAAAAGAUCCAGAAAAGGUUUUAUACUGGAGACCCGAAGAACAGACUCCAUCUGUGAGUCCACAGCAGAUGAGGAAUGCAGCUUCUGCACUGCAUCAGUUCCAUUCGACACCCCAGAAUAUGGUUUUUGUGUGGGAGAGAAGAACAACGAUGCGACCGUGGGGCCCAGACACAAGCUAACUCGGUGCACUGUUUCGAUGCGGGUGUGCCCUCCGAAUACCCCUCCAUGGCACUGCGUGUGUUGCAAGCGUUGGACAUCGCAUCUGGCACCUUCUGCCCUCUUCACCUUACCUGAAUAUCCCCGCGAUUUUGAAUCUUUAGUCCAGCAGCAGCUUCAUUCUUCUUCUUCUUCUUCUUCACAUGAUCAACCAGUUAAACCUUUGUGCCCUUUCUGUGGGAUUCUUCUGCAGAGACUGCAACCAGAGUUUCUCCUCUCUCCUUCUCCAAUAUAGCUACAAACGUGAUUCAAAUAUUUGCAUGUAACCCCCUCUUUUUUUUUCUUUCGGCAAAUCUUGUAAAACUUAUAUGUAGUAAUAUUCUUGCCAUGUGUUUAUAAUUUUGUGCUUGUUUUGAGCUACCUAACAUAUUUCUCUUAGAAUGAGGUUCCAUAAAGUCAAUAAAUUUUAAGGCUUGCAACUUACAAUAGAAGGAAUGUGUUAUG